AUGCCAGUACACAAAGAGAUAUCUACGUUUUCGACAGUCUAUAAUGUCAUUUUGUUGAUUUCAAAGGUGGCUCUACUCUAUGCCACAGCGCUACUAGGGUUCAAUAAACAUGAAGGAUGCAAGGGGAGUCACAACGGCGAGAGAGUUAGCUUUAAAGACAAGAUAAUUGAUGCAAAAGAUUUUAAUGAAAUUGUUUCGGUUUCCGGAUAUCGAGCAAGGGAGCAUGUGGUGACCACUAGAGAUGGAUAUUUGCUUGUUGUUCACAAGCUAGAAAAAGCAAAUCAUACUGAUGCAACUGCUGACUGCCCUAAGACUGUUGUGUACAUGCAUCAUGGGUUAUUGACAAACUCGGAUUUGUGGGUUCUUGGGUCGACAAAAGAAAAGAUACUACCGUAUUUGCUUGUGGAUGCAGGUUACGAUGUAUAUCUAGGGAAUAAUAGGGGCAACAAGUACUCGAGAAAGCAUUUGAAGUUAUCUGCGUCAGAUCCUCAAUUCUGGGAUUUUUCUUUGGAUGAAUUUUCAUACUAUGAUAUACCUGAUACAAUUGAAUAUAUUCAGAAUCUAUACAAGUACAAGCGGCAGUCUGGAAUGUCUAGGUUGAACGGGACGAGUUCUGAGAGGAUAUUGAACUCAGAUGAGACUGGUUCGCUCACACCUGUUUCGUUUCUGAACUCCACCUCAACAUUGGCAAACUACCAAGUGACAGAUACGGUUGAUAUAAUAUACAUUGGAUUUUCGCAGGGCUGUUCUCAACUACUCGCAAGUCUAAGCCUUUAUCCAGAACUCAACUCCAAGAUCAAGGCAUUUAUCGGCCUCUCACCUGCAAUAAUACCACUGAACUUAAACCACCCUAUAUUUAAAUUAAUUGUCAACCAAACAGCAGCCGACAAUUCAUUCUUGUAUAGUAUAUUUGGUCGCCGGGCAAUAAUGCCAAGUGUCUCGUUCUGGUCAACGGCAUUUGGGGCAAGGUUGUAUGAAAAAGUUGUUGAUAAAUCGCUAUCAUUACUAUUUGGCUGGUCAGGACAGAAUAUAAGCGAGGACCAGAAACAAUUAGGAUACCCUCAUAUGUUUUCAAACUCGUCAGUUAAGUCUUUACUCCAUUGGUUUCAAAUUAUAAAAGCGGGUAGGUUCCAAAUGUUUGACGAGACAUGCUCGUGUGGACUAACCAAAUUGAGCUCGGUGUCAGCUAAAGCAAAAGAGAAAGGUAAUAGAGUGACCCCAUUUCCUAUAACAGACCAUUUGAAUGUUCCCAUGUAUUUAUUCUACGGAGAUUCGGACAUAUUAGUCGAUAUUGGAAAAACUAAAUCUUUGAUAGUUGAUAGUAAUCCACAAAUGAAGGACAAAUUGAAUGUUGAAUUAUGUGACAACUAUGAACACAUGGACACUUUAUGGGGUGACAAUGUCUAUGAAGAUGUGUUUUGCAAGAUUUUGACAGAAUUAGACAAAAUGGAUCAAUGUGAUAAAUUUGAACGCGUUAUGUAA